AUGCCUGACGAAAUCAACCAACAAGCCACCACCCAAUCUCCGCUGGUCGUCGUAACCGGCGCGCUGCGCCUACGUGACCCUCCCUUCUUUAAUGGAACAGAUGACCACGAUGUGGAAGAAUGGCUGGCCACAUUCGAGAAGGUGAUCGACCACAAUAAGUGGGACGACCCGUCGAAGCUGCAGAAUGUGUCGUUAUAUCUAAAAGACGUCGCAAGCUUGUGGUACCACAACCAUGAGUCCGACUUUGCUACAUGGAGUGCGUUCAAGACACGCUUCGCAGACGUAUUCGACCGCCCCGCCGUGCGCAAGCUCCGCGCCGAAGAGCGCCUCCGCGGACGUACGCAGCAACAAGGCGAAAAUUUUACCCGCUACAUAGAGGACGUCAUCGACUUGUGCAAGCGCCUGAAUCCGUCUAUGCCCGAGCAAGAGAAGAUAAAACACAUCUUGAAAGGCCCUUAUCGCGUCAUCGACUGCCUAUCUUCCGUCACCUAUGUUAUUCAGCCGGUCAACCCAACCUCCGACAAGCGUCGUCUUGGCCGCCAGGUGGUCCACGUUUUGGACCUCGACAUGGUCUUUCAACAGCGGUGGGCUAUGACGCAGCCCGUGUGCAAAAAUCUGCACGAAUAUUUCGGGCAGCUGCCGACCGACGAUGAAUCUCCUGAACCAGCUUACAGGUGCCGCCGACUGUUCGCCACCGUCUUCUGGCUGCCAGACACGUACUUCCCGGACGCCAGUAGCGCGAAUGUACUAUCCGACCCUUUCUCGGAGAAGAGCCUUUGCCUCUUUGCAGACUGGGAACACUGCUACUUCAAGUACAUCCAGAGGAUUUUUCUUCACCUGAACUGUCCCAUGGAGUUCAAGAGGUUCCCUGCAGACGUCCAGAUUUGCCCAGUGCACAUCGACACUUUCGCACAUCGCAACGUCCACUACAUUUGGGAAGAGACGACACCGGUGUCCAUGAACCCAGAGCUGAGCCGGCCCGCUUUCCGGGUGGAGCUGCGUCCUGAAACGAAUGAAGAAUAUAUGCACAGGGGUCAACUGUACAUUUCCGUGGUGCUGUCCCGCCUGCUAGCGCCGCAGUUGAUUGAGGCCUACAUUCCCAGCGCAUUCCUGGUGGUUGUCUCGUGGCUCAUUUUCUGGCUUGACGCGGCGACCGAGCGUGUUGCUGUUUGUGUCACCAUUCUACUUGCACUGUACAGCCAGUCCACCGGAGCGCGACAGCUUCUGCCGCCGUCCACGUCAAUGACGGCGCUCGACCACUGGAUGGUGGUCUGUGUUCUCUUCGUCUUCGCGGCUCUCGCCCAGACGGCGCAGGGCAUGUGGACCAAGAGACCACUGCUUGAGCCGGCACGCACACCCGUCAACAAGGCCGCCUGGAUUUGGGCGAUCGCGCCCUAG